AAUUAAGAGAAUGGACCAAUUGCAGAAUUCAGUUGCUUGCAUUGUGAAAAUGGGUUUUCAUCUUUUACUUAAAUAUUUAAGAAUGCCGUACAAAGUGACGGGUAUUGUAGCAGUUAUUCAAUGUUAACUUAAAAAUAAGUACAAUGUCUUUGCUACGAUCGUUGCCUUCUGGGCUCAAUAAAACUUCGAAAUUAAUAUAUCGAAGUGCUCCAGCUGUAUCAUAUCACCCAAAUGUAAGUCUUUUCUAUCGCAAUUAUUUGACAAAAGGGAUUGUAGGAGCACCAGCUUGUGGAGAUGUAAUGAAACUACAAAUUAAAGUUGAUGAUAAAGGAAAGAUUAUUGAUGCUAAAUUUAAAACAUUUGGUUGUGGAUCUGCUAUUGCUUCAAGUUCCUUAGCUACAGAGUGGGUUAAAGGAAAAACUGUUGAUGAAGCAUUGGCUCUCAAGAAUACUGACAUUGCUAAAGAAUUAUGCUUACCACCUGUCAAGCUACACUGUUCAAUGCUUGCAGAAGAUGCAAUUAAGGCUGCUUUGUCAGAUUACAGUAUAAAACAAAAGCAAAAAUUGAAAGCCAAUGAAAACAGAGAUAAUAUGAAUGAAACAUGAUUUUGACAUAUUUAAAAUGAUAGUCAAAAGUAUUAGAGUUAUACAAUGUUAUAUUUAGUAUUCAUAGUUUUCCAAUAUUAGUAGCCACUAAUCACUUCAUAUAAAGAAAUUUUCAGAAAUUAUGUGCUGUGAUUAAAAUGACAAAAUGUGUAUUAAAAUACAAAUAAAAUUUUAUGUACAAGCACAUUAAUGUGUGCUUCUCUUUUAGGAGAGAAAAUAAAUAUAUUUAACUAAACAA